GGGCAACAUGAUAUCCCAUAGUGCAUCCCGCGGGACAAGAUGGCGGCCGGCGGCAAGUUCGGAUUUCAGCUUCUUUCUCGAAAGUUCGGCUUUAUGGAGGACCGUGAGAUCAAAGAUCUGUUCAUGAAAUGGGGCCUACAGGGGUACCUGUCUGUCCAGACCUACACGUUUGAGAAACAGUUCCAGGCCUAUCAGAAGGAUGACUUUGUCUUGGAUUUCCUGAGAGAUCCUAAAGUCACCAGCACUCUACUGAUGCCCUCCAAAAGGGGAGGAUUUUCACCUGUGGGGAGUGUGGCAGCAAGUGUAACAGCCAAGGCUGUUCCAUGCUCCAUCCUGUCCAUGGAUUUCUUUGACCGCCUCCAUGCGGACGGACUGGUCCAUGAAGACGGGAGGAUCUGUGGCUGUUUUGAUGAAUUCGUCGAAGGGUUCACAGUCUCUGAUGAGAUUAGAAAGAUGCUGUUGAUGGAAGACUCUGAUCAUUAUGACUUGUACAGUGAGGAAGAAAAGGAGCAGUUUCUGUUCCUGCUGUUCUGCCAUGUUGUGCUAGGGGGCGGUUGUUGUCAGUACGAGGACAAUGUGGAUCCCUAUUUGAGCACUGUGAAGACCAUCUACAAGCAGCUGCUUAGUGUGCAAAAGGAUCCUACAACUAAGGCAUUACAUGUGAUCUCAAAUGUGUUCAGAGUUACAGGAUUGGAUGACAAAGGGAGCACAUACUACCCCAGUGAUGACCCAGACCAUCCCCAGAACUUCUCCUAUCUCCUGGUGGAUCCUCUGAAGAGACAUGUCACAGUUUUCUGCCAUGUGUAUGGAGGGUCUCCUUUCUGAGGGCUGUACAAUGAUUGUUUGAGAGUACAUUGUACUUGUAAACUACCGGGUAUGGUGAAUAUACAAAAUGUAUUGCUAGUAUCUACACAGUGGAGACGAUAUAGAAAAUGUGUUUUAUUAUAAAUGUUGUAAUGAUUGCAAAUGAGAAAUGUUUUGUGUUUUGUAUUGAUAUAAUUUAUGUAUAUAAAUUCCAUCUGUGUUUGUGUGUGUGUGUAUGUGUGUGUAGAGGGCGUCUG